AUGCCCGACGCAGUAGUUCAACUCCGGUGUGGUGUAAAGAAUGACGAGUGGGGAAAGAAGGGAAAGGAGUCGAUGGUUGCUCAGCUAUGGUCAAAAACCAAUAAUCAGUCGAUUGAUGAUAACAAGCAAUACUCCGAGAUGUGGAUGGGCACAUACCCUUCCAACCCAUCUUAUUUGCUUUCCACCGGAGAACACCUGGGAGAGUACCUGAAGAAGAAUCCCCAGCUAGUGGGCAAGUCCGUCCACGACCGAUGGGGCGCGGAGAUUCCUUUCCUGCCAAAGAUCCUAUCUUUCAGCAAGGCACUCCCUCUACAAAUUCACCCAGACCUCAAGCUCGCCGAGAAGCUCCAUAAACAAGACCCCAAGAAAUUCGGCGACACAAUGCACAAGCCAGAGAUCGCAAUCGCCCUCUCCAAAUUCGAGCUCUUCGCCGGCUGGAAGCCCCUAAGCGACAUCGAAGCCCUAUUUAAGCUGAAUCACCUGGCCAAGUUCGUCCCUAAAUCCGGCCAAUUCAAUGACGAGACCCUCCGCCAAGUCUGCAAGGCCUUACUUAGCGCGCCGGCCGAAGAAGUGGCACAGACUGCCAAAGACCUCCAAGGCCUGCCGGAAUCACAAUUCGGCCCCCAUUCCUACAUCCCAAGUCUCCUUGGCCGUCUAGCUAAGCAAUACGGCGAAGGCGACAAUGGCAACCUCGUCGCCACCCUCUUGAUGAAUUACAUGACCCUGGGGCCGGGCGACUCGGUCUUCGUCCCCGCAGACAGCAUCCACGCCUACCUGGAAGGCGAUAUCGUGGAGUGCAUGGCACGGUCAGACAACGUGAUCAACACGGGCUUCUGUCCAGCUGCUGAUCGGGACAGCGUCGAGUUAUUCGGCGAGGCUCUGACCUUUGAGCCGCAUAGUUCUAAGGAUGCGCUGCUGCCACGUCGGAAGAGCGAUAAGGGCCUACAGGGCAAGACGGAUGUGUAUGCGCCGCCUAUUAGUGAGUUCUCGGUGUUGUGUACUACUCUUGGGGCUGGAGAGAAGGAGACGCACAAGGCUAUUCUUGGGCCGAGCUUGAUGAUCGUUACCAAGGGCUCUGGGCGAAUGAAUAUCCCUGGUGAUACGGCUGUUGAGCUGAAGGAGGGGUAUGUAUUCUUUGUUGGGCAGGGGGUUGCGUUGGACUUUGCCACUGAGAAGGGUCUGGCUGUGUAUCGUGCUUAUGCGGAGUAA